ACUGCUUGUGGGAUCUCCUUCACGGCUUCACAUCUUUUAAACCAUGGGGAGUGGAUCAUUGGAGCCUUCAUUAACCUUUUUGGAAGCAUUGCUAUCAACUUUGGAACCAACCUUCUUAAAUUAGGUCAUAAUGAGAGAGAGAGGCAUUCUGUGCUAGAAAGUGACGGAACAAGUGGAAAGCUUCCUUUGAAGCCUAUUAUAUACUUUCACACUUGGAGAGUUGGAAUUUUAUUUUUCCUUCUUGGAAAUUGCCUUAAUUUCAUUUCCUUUGGAUAUGCCGCUCAGUCUCUUCUUGCGGCCCUGGGAUCUAUUCAAUUUGUGUCCAAUAUUGCAUUUGCUUAUUUUGUGUUGAACAAAAUGGUCACUGUCAAUAUACUUGUUGCCACGGCUUUUAUUGUCCUAGGAAACAUUUUUCUUGUUGCUUUUGGCAACCAUCAGUCACCUGUUUAUACACCAGAACAGUUGGCGGAGAAAUACAGCAACAUUACAUUCCUUCUUUACUGUGUGAUUUUGAUCGUCAUUGUUACCUUACAUCACUCCAUCUACCGGAGAGGAGAGCUUAUGCUUACCGUUUCUGGGCAUGACCUUAGACCAUUUUGGCAUAUGCUGCUUCCUUUUUCCUAUGCUAUAGUUUCAGGUGCUGUAGGAUCAUGCUCAGUAUUAUUUGCAAAAUCUCUUUCUAAUCUGUUACGAUUGGCGAUGUAUAGUGGUUAUCAAUUACACGGCUGGUUCACGUACUCCAUGCUUCUUUUAUUUCUUAGUACAGCUGGAUUCUGGAUGACAAGGUUAAAUGAAGGAUUGUCUCUGUUCGAUGCAAUUCUUAUUGUUCCCAUGUUUCAGAUUGCUUGGACUUUCUUCUCCAUUUGUACAGGAUUCAUAUACUUUCAAGAAUAUCAGGUAUUUGAUGCACUAAGGACAACAAUGUUCAUACUUGGAAUGAUGUCUGUCUUCAUAGGCAUUUCUUUGCUGGCACCUGAUGAAUCAAAAGGUAGCGACGGCAAAGAUAAUUCAUCUUUAGUUUCUGUGGUGUCUUCAAGCAUUUCAACAGAAGUGGAUAGGCUGGUUGAGCCUUCUGAAGAUGCACAUAGUAAAGACGCGAGAUCAUUUGUGCAAGUAGUGCUGAUGAAGAUUACAGAUAUAAUAGCCAAGGCAAAGAGUGCUUGUGCAUUAUCACUAGGUAUUGGGGAAGAUUCAAUCAAUGCAUCCGCAGUUCUUGUGAUGCCCAUGGUGUCAUCAAAGAUAACAGGCUUUAGAGGAAGUAGGUUUGACCGGGCCAAGAUUAUGUCCUUAAGAAAUUCCGGUUGGACUAGGAUCUCGCUGGAUGAAGAUGCUGCAAAAAUGACCGACAAAAGCGCAGGGUUCUCAGAUAACCUGUAAUAGGAGUAUCAACAAGUCUUGAUCUCCCCCAUAAGUUUUUUUUUUUUUUUUGUACUCUUAAUUUGUUUAGGGUCCAUUAUUAUACCACUUAUCCAGAAUUCCUCGUCUCAAAAUUGUGAUAUGUUGUAGUAUUGUAUAUACUUGUCACAUAAUUGAAAGAGGAGAGUAUUUUUUGUUGGGACGUUGUAUCAAAAUUAAAUGUUUAACUGAAAUAUCCAUUUGUCUACAUUAGCAAUCUAGAAUUUACA